ACAGCAGGAAGUAAAAUCCGCUUGAAAGAUAUGUACUAAACCUAUGCAAAGAGAAAGUAGAAAGCUGGAUGGAAAUUCUAGUUUGCAAAAGGAAUGAUUAAAUUACGUUUUUUUACUAUUAAACGGACACAAGAAAUGAAGAAAACAUAGAGAGAAUUAUAAGCUAAGCAGAUGAAAAGCAGAGAAAUAUUGGAGUUUAAACACAUCUACUGAUAUUUUAAACGCAAAAAGUAAAUAACUGGUAAACCAGACUUAGUUGCUAUGGCGCUGGUAGAUGGUAUCCGCGUUGUCCGGGGGCCGGACUGGACUGGGGGCGAGGAAGACGGAGGCGAGGGUCACGUGGGGACUGUUACAGACAACAACGAAGACAACACUGUUGAGGUACAGUGGGACAUGGGGCAGACGGGGACAUACAAAACCGGAAGCGAAGGGAAAUGUGAGCUACGCAUCCUUGACAGUGCCGCCGCGGGUCUCAAACACCAAGGGGAAACGUGCGCCGGAUGCAAGGAAUCCGAUUUCCCAGGGACCCUGUGGCGCUGCAAGACCUGUCCGUCCGUCUCUCUGUGCACGCUCUGCUACUUCAAAGACCUACACGAGCUGCAACAUGAAUUCAACAGGGUUGACGUUCCUGGUUGGAGCGGAAUGCCGGUGAAAAAGCGGUCCAUCAGCAACAAGAUGCGGGCCCUUGGGAUAUUUAAGGGCGCCAAGGUGAAGCGGGGAGCAGACUGGAACAGCGGAAAUCAGGACGGCGGCGAUGGAAAGGUCGGUACCAUAACUGAUGUAGUCAACUACGGGACAACGGGGCCAUGGCGUGACGCGGUCAAGGUCAAAUGGCUAUCUGGGGACUCCAACCAAUACCGACUGGGCUACAGGGGGAAGGUGGACCUGGAAUGUGUUGAGGAAACCCCGGGCCUCGAUUACUACAGGGACCACCUAAUGCCCAUGAACACCAACUUUAAACCAGACACUACCCCGGUCACACGGACGUCAACAACCGCUAAGCCAGCCAUGAAACCUAAACCCUCCAUACGGCGGCAGGCGUCCACUAUGACUCGGGCGCAGGUUGGAGACAAGGUGUGCGUCGAACUUCCGGAAGCAGCUCUUAAGGAGAUGCAGAAGGGCCAUGGAGGCUGGAGUAUGCGCAUGAAGGAUUACAUUGGUCAACACGGGGUGGUACGCAAGUUCGAGGAGAACGGUGACUGUGUGAUCGACUAUGACGACAAGCAGUGGCGCUUCAACCCGGAAGCCCUCAGAAAGGUGACGCCCCUGGAAGUGGCUGCGGAGGCCGGACACUUGAAUUGCGUGAAGCAAGUCCUGGACCAAUGCGUCAUCAAGGAACAUCCAGAGUUCGCAAAGUACCCGUAUGUGGCGCUCGCCUGCAUACCACAGUCGCAGAUCGCUGUUGACCUAAUUUUGCGCAAGGACAAACCGAAAGCAGACGACAUCAAACUCGCGAUUGAAGUAUCGCUGAAAAAAGCGAGCGCGAUGUGCUUGGAACUUCUGCUCCAGCAGAAAGUUAAAACAGACGACAUGUUUGGAAAACGGAACUUCUUCCAUAUGUUGUACAGUUUUAGCAAUAUGUCGCAGUUUGGGACAGACGGAUAUCGGCGGUUACCGGAAGUGACGCGGAUUUUGAUUAAGUACAAAUAUGACGUCAAGCGUGCGUCACCACCGAACACAUAUCCAAUGUACAGUCUGAUCAAGAAUUCAGUUUGUAUACAUGACUAUGUGAACACAAGGCAUUACGUCUUUUGUUUGCGCAUGCUCGUUGAGGCUGGGGCGGACCCAAAUUUUGACGAAACUCAACACGAAAAGAAACUCAACAUGAAAGGAAUCAAGUCGGAGCACGGUCGUAUGUCGUACAGCUCAGCUAUGCAUUGCUUAUUGGAAACAAUUGAGUGCUUUUCCGAGUACCUUGAAUCGAAAUCAUUAGCAGUGCGGUUCAUUACUCAAAUGGCGGAAUGUCUGAUUCAAGCGAACGCUCGCCUUAAUGGGGAGGGGCGAUUGGGGGGUCGGGAUUGCGAUCGAUACGGUACAGUGCUACACCAAUUCGCCAAAUCUAGCGUCAAACUUGGCGUAGAUACUGACAUUUUUAAGUACCUGUUACGUCAAGGCGCCGAUCCAAACGCGCGUGAAAAGAACGGAAAAUACGUCAUCAAUACGUUCAUCGAUACGUUAUUUGAUAGUCUGAAGGAAUUGACUUACAGAGAGCACCCGCCUGACCACACCGACAAUGUGGAAAUCAUGUUGUCAUUGUCGCUGUUCAUGACUCGCGCAUGCGUGAUGGAGACGUUGAAGAUAGUGAAGAAAGAUUAUUCAAGAAGCACGCCCCAACAUCUCAAGAAGUAUUACGACAUGGCGGUGAAAUCAUUGGACGAACGAGUAAAAGAGGUCUGGCCCCUUAAACGGAUAUGUAGGGUCCUCAUUUGGGAUUUGUGUAAUAGGGACGCCAGCAAAGUGAAGUCCCUACCAACCGACAUUGAAUCUAGAACGUACAUUCUACCAAGUAUAUGAAAACGUGUAUAGAUAUCACCGACCAAUGAAUUAGUGUUGUUCCGUCCAUAGACCAAACUUUUCAAAUGUGAUGUUAUUUGUUAUUAUAUUUUAUAUUAGAUAAUAAAUAUACAUGUCAAGGACUCCUUUAUCAUUAACAAUAAAACACAAGUUGGUCAUCAAGGCACCGUAUCGUUCACCUGUGUACCAUGGCUUUAACAAAGCUUUCAGUAUUGUAAAAAGAAUACUUCUUUUUUAUCUCCUUUAAAGUGACUCGCAAGUUUAUUUUAGAUUUGUACAAAUCAAGUUAUUUUAAGUUUUUUAUGAAUAAACAAA